GCCCCAGCCAGCAGCCCAGACUCCAGACAGAAGCCCUGCAGCUGAUUCGGCCCUCCUGCUGCUGACAGCUCAAAGUUCAGUGACAGGGUCUCCAUAGAUUGGCCAAGCCAGCCUCGAGCCUGCGAUCCUCCCGAAAUUUCAGGAGUUCAUCACGGCGCAGGGCUUGCAAGAGGGAUUGUUAAAACAACUUGGCAGUGGCCUCGGAUAUUCCCUUAUCUCCAUGCGUUCAUUUGUUCAUUCCACAAGUAUCUGCAAUACCUACUCUAUCCCAAGCACUGAUCCAGGAGCCAGCAGGAUCCAGAACAAGUUUCCUCUUCUGACUUGGGAACAUGGAGACCCUUCCUUCUCCCACAUUAAAAUUAAGCCAGAGAAUGCACUUGAAGCCCUAAGCACCGGGUCCUUGGUUCCAGACUACAACUGCAGAGCUCCACAGGUUUUGUCCCCUCCCCCGGCCACCCUCCUUCCGCCUUGGGCUUGGGAGACAGCCGGGAAAGCGGAAAGACCUGGGGAGAGGCGUGGCACCUCUGCCACCUGGCUGAGAGCACCUGCGGGAAUUCCCCUCAAGCCAAUCUUCCGGCUGCUGGAGCCCCCUGAAGGUCAGGUAGGCGGCGCGAUCCUCCCCUGCUCUAGACACUCCGGAAUCACGCCAGGCGAGCCAGUAAUGGCUAGCCCUCGGCACCCGUUGUCUGUGCGCGCGGUGGCUCUGGUGCAGGUGCAGCGGCUCCAGACGUUCGCGUUUUCCCUUCGCUGGUCUGACGGCAGCAACACCUUUGUGCGCAGGAGCUGGGGCGAGUUCAGACAGCUCCAAAAGACCCUCAAGGACACCUUUCCGGUGGAGGCGGGCCUGCUGCGGAGAUCUGACCGAAUUCUUCCUAGGCUUCCUGGUCAGGCCACAAGGGUCCCAGGGGAGCGGGGAAGGCAGAGCCUGGCGCAGGACGGGACACCACAGCCCAUAUUUCUUGUGCCCACAGACACACCACUGCUAGUGCGAGGGGGGCGCACGGGCCGCGGCCUAGCACGCCUGCGGCUGCUGGAUACCUAUGCACAAGCGCUGUUGGCCACUGCUGAGCGGGUAUCUAGGAGCCUGGCACUCACCAACUUCUUUGCACCGCGACCCCUGGACCUGGAGCCCGUGCUGCCUCCUGGAAGCCUGGUGAUCCUGCCUGCCCCAGAGGAGCCUUUAUCACAACCCACCGACAGUCUUGCCAUCCACAACCUGGAGGCUCAGAGGCUUCGCUGCCUGCAGCCCUUUCGCACCCAGGAUACACAGGGCAGGCCUUUCCUUGCAGGGGCCCAGGAAAGCCUGGAUGUGCUGCUGCGACACCCCUCAGGUUGGUGGCUGGUGGAAAAUGAGGACCUACAGACAGCCUGGUUUCCAGCUCCCUACCUGGAGGAGGUGGCCCUAAGCCAGGACAAAGAGGCAGGCCUGACCCUGGGAACCAUUGGGACCCAGUUCUGUGCUUCCCGUGCCUAUGAAGGCAGCCGUGAUGAUGAGCUCUCAGUGCCUGUGGGGGCACGAGUUUGUGUGCUACAAACUUCAGACCGUGGCUGGUGGCUCUGCAGAUAUAGUGGCAAGACCGGUCUGCUCCCAGCAGUGCUGCUGCAGCCUGAAGGGCUGGGUUCACUCCUGAGUGGGACAGGGAUACUUGGUGAGGACACGGCAGAGGAGGCCACUACUACUCCCCCUGCUGUGCCCACCCGCCCGCCAUUGAGUGCCAUCCAGAGCCGCUGCUGUACCAUUACCCGCAGGGCACUGGGGAGGGCUCCAGGACCCCUGGGCCCUCCAUGAGUGUGUAUAUGACCCUGCCAGGAGACUUGCAAUGUACGAUGAUCCCGACCCAAAGAGUGGCUGACAGUAGUUCCCCAGCACUGGAUAAGUAAGGGUGGGACUCCCAAUCUGGCAGGUCAAGAGGGUCCACUUUCCCAUUUCCUUUGAGUAAAAACUUCUGAAUGUCUCAA